AUGGCCAAAGCGAAUUCAGCAGAGAAGCUCGAGGCUGGUGUCAAGCAAGGCAUCAGCGCACUAGACUCUCUGGCCCAAAGUUUUGAGCUUAGCAAGGAGACUGCAGAUGCCGAGCAAUGGUUGCAACAAAUUGAGCUGGUCAGACAAGAGGCCACUGGCGCACGUACGGUUGUCGGUGUCGUUGGCAAUACAGGAGCUGGAAAGUCUUCAGUCAUCAACGCGAUCUUGGAUGAAGAGCGUCUGGUCCCGACGAACUGUAUGCGAGCCUGCACUGCUGUGGUCACUGAAAUGUCUUGGAACCAUAGUGAAGAGGAGAGCAGCAAGUACCGUGCUGAGAUCGAGUUCAUCAAGCCUGAUGAAUGGCAAAAGGAGCUCAAAGUCCUUUUCAAUGAGAUCUUCGACGGCGGCGGUAACAUUUCAAGAGAAGUGAGCAACCCGGAAUCACAAGCUGGUAUUGCUUACGCCAAGAUUCGUGCCGUCUACUGGCGCCUCACAAAUGAUGACUUGGCUGCAAGUUCAAUCGAAAAGCUCAUGGCUGACCGUUGUGUCCGAGGUGUUCUUGGCACAACCAUGUAUCUCAAAGAACGCCAUUGUGACACCUUCUACAAGGGGCUCCAGCACUAUGUCGACUCAAGGGAGAAGGCUGGAGUCAAGAACGAGACGGACGAUGAGGAUGACUCCCAAAGCGCUGGCGAUAAGAAAAAGAAGAAGACGAGAAAGCGCGAGCAGGAGUUCUGGCCCUUGAUCAAGGUAGUCCGAUUGUACGUCAAAGCCGACGCUCUUUCCACCGGCGCCGUACUGGUCGAUCUUCCCGGCGUCGCAGAUUCAAACGCCGCUCGUGCUGCCGUGGCCGAGAAAUACAUGAAACAAUGUACUGGCCUCUGGAUUGUAUCCCCAAUCAACCGUGCCGUAGACGACAAGGCAGCCAAGAAUCUUUUGGGAUCGACCUUUCGCAGGCAGCUCAAGUACGAUGGCACCUAUUCUGCAGUAACCUUCAUCUGCAGCAAGACUGAUGACAUCUCGAACACAGAAGCGACCGACAGUCUGGAUCUCGGCGACGAGAUCGAUAAACUUGAGGACCAACUCUCAGCCAUCGACCGCCGUCGUCGCGAAGCUGAGAAGGAAGCCAAAAAGCUCAGAGACCAGAAGGGCUCGCUCAGCGAGACCAUGGACACUUGCGAUGACGAAGUCGACAAAUGGGAAGCCCUCAAGGAGAAGCUCGACGACGGCGAAACGGUCUAUCCUCUAGCCCCUAAGACACUGAAGCGCAAACGAUCUUCAUCCAGCACAGAUAGCGAAGAUGACGGCAACAGCAGCGAUGAUUCCGACCACGAAUCAGAUCGUGGCCCGCCUCUGACUGCAGAGGACAUUGACUCAAAUAUCCGUGAUCUGAAAGAUCAGAAGAAACAAGCUCGCCGUGGGCGUAGCGAGAUUGAGCUGCAGGUCAAGCAGAUCAAUGGCGAGAUCAAGAAGAUGAAGAUCGAGUCUCGAAGCAUCGAUGAUAAGAGAACCCAAAUCUGUAUCGCCGCACGUAACCGCUACUCAAAAUCUGCCAUCCAAAUCGAUUUUGCUGCAGGUAUCAAAGAGCUUGAUCAGGAGGCCGAGGCUGAAGACGAUCCCGAUCAGUAUGAUCCUGAGCAGGAAAUCCGCGACUAUGAGAAGGUUGCAAAAGAUCUUCCUGUUUUCUGUGUCUCCAGUCGAGCAUAUCAAAAGCUUUCUGGCAGACUUCUGAAGGAUAACGCAGUCCGUGGGUUCACUGAUGUCAAUCAAACCGAGAUUCCUGCUCUCAAAAAGCACUGCAAGAUGCUUACCGAAAACGUGAGGUCUAUCAAGUCUCGUCGCUUUCUCAAUUCGUUAUGUCGACUGUUAACCUCGGUUUCGCUUUACAACUCCGACUACAGCUCCGGUGCCAGUAAAUCGGACCUGCAGAAAGACUCUGAGCAGAGAUUUCUCGCUCGACAGCUUCAAGACCUUGAAAAAGCACUGGAAAAGGACGUAAAAGAUACCCUGACGCAGAUCAGGGAAGCGAUGAACGAGAACGUCUUCGAAAAUUGCAACACAGCCAUCAACGCCGCUAGUAAUACCGCGUUACCGACAUCUCAGGGCUGGGGUGCUCACAAGAGUCAGGGCGGUCUCCCAUGGUCUACCUACAAGGCAGUGGUUCGCCGCCAAGGCGUGUGGACAGGCUCUCUAGGUCUCUCGGAUUUCAACGCGCAACUAACUGAGCCAGUCUACAAAAUUCUGGGAAACGGUUGGGAGAAAGCUUUCCAUCGUCGUCUCCCUCAAAUUCUGAAGGCGUGCUCCAAAGGCUUUGCAAACGACCUGCGUGCCUUUCACACAACUAUUGAGAAGCAUUCGUUCUCACACGGAGGCAAUCCUCGCCUUGGCCUUCUGGCUCAACAACUAACAAACUACGAAGCCGUCUUCAGCGAUCUGGCUAACAGGAUGGUCGAUCUGAUCAACGAGCGUCAACGCGACAUCAACCGCGAGUUCACCCCAAACGUGUGCAACUCGAUGCUCACUAUCUACAACACUUGCGCCGCUGAGGUUGGACCAGGCCAAUUUAACAGAAUGAAGGCCUACAUGAACAAUCAUGUCACCGCGCAGAAGGACAUCAUGUUCCAGAGAGCCACUGAAGUGGUUCGCAACAUGAUCACAGAUUUGAUCAAGGAAGUCGAGGACAACAUGGAAGAUCGCACCGAUCAGGUUUUUGUUGGCAUGCGCAGGGACUACCUUCAGGUCCUUGGCAAUGUCCGCAUCGAAGACAUCACAAUGCCUAACUCGGAACGCAGUCUGCAAGACGCCAUUCGAGACAUCAUUCAGCAGAGUGAGGAGGUAUUUAAGGCCAUUCUCGAGGGAAGAGAUGUGCCCUCCUUGGAACAGGAUGUUUCCGCAGGCGCUAUCGAGGACGAACAGCAAGACUCAGAUACUGAGAAGAAGGGUUUCGAGAAGGAUCAGAGAGACAAGAUCAUGGAAGAUACAUCCUCUGACGUUGAUAUCGAUAUGGGAGAUGACUAUGCUUGA